AUUUUGAAAUUUUUCAACAAAAAAAAAGGUUUAUAAACGGACGUCGCUGAAAGCUCGGUUACAAAAAAUAAUAACAAAUAAUGGCGAAAAGUGUCGGUAGUGCGUGCGCGCAGAUCGCGGUCCUGUUGGCCGUCUGCAUUUCGGUUCACGGCGCGGCGGCCAGGUCGGAUGCAGACUCUUAUGACACAUUCGAUACAGCGCUUCCCUACCUCAAUCCCGAUCCCCAUGUAGUGCAACUGGCAACGGAUCAGGUGCAUCGUCAAAGGCGAGCCGCUCCAGCGGAUGUUUCGUCGCCAGUCAGUACCAGCCAAUACCAGAGCGUAAAUUCUAAUGCUAGUGUCACAGCGGCAGCUGGAGCUGGUGCUGGAACUGUGGCCGCCGAGACUACGGUGACCACGGUGGACAGCAAGGCAGCGGCAGGCGGCAGUGUCUCCUAUAAUGUGCAUAACGUUGGCACCAACGGCACCGGACAGCGUAAGGACUACAGUGUUCAGGGCGCUGAAGGAGCAGCUCCAGGCCUGAACCCCGCCAUUAACUACAAGAAGCCAACCCAACUGCUAGCCGCCCAGUCUGGUGGCUAUCCCAAAAAGGUGGCACCCAGCUCGGCUGCUGUCCCGCAGACACCCAGCACCAGCACGGCAGCUCCCAUCGACGUGGACGUGUCUGGUGUCGAUAUACCUGAUGACGAUAUCGAAAGCAAGGUUAAGAACGAGUCGCUGGUGCGCAGUGAGGACUUUUACGACUAUUACAACAGCGUCCUCUACGUCAGCGAAGAGGAGGCAAAGGCUCUAUGGUCGCAACUGAAAAACACGCCGGAGAACGUAAUGCUCUCCUCGGCGCACCGUCGUGCCAUGACCGUCGAGCUGAACUUUGACUUUCCUUUCUACGGCCACUAUGUGCGGAAUAUCACGGUGGCCACUGGUGGUUUCCUCUAUACCGGCGAGUAUGUGCAUUCCUGGUUGGCGGCCACCCAGUACAUUGCCCCGCUAAUGGCCAACUUCGAUACGAGCAUGUCCAACGACUCGUUUGUCCGAGUGCAAGAUAACGGCACCGCGUUUACCGCCGUGUGGGAGAAUGUGACACUGCAGGAUAAGCCGGAGUUUGGCAAGUUUACGUUUAGCGUGACGCUGCAUCAGAGCGGAGACGUCGUUUUUGGAUACUUCCGAGUGCCCACACUUAUUAAUUCCAUCCAGGAUCAUAAGCAUCCGGUCAAGGUGGGCCUCUCCGAUGCCUAUAUAAUCGACAAGCACCUCUAUUUUACCCGCCGAAAGACCAUCUACGAGUACCACCGCGUUACCGUCCAGCAGCAGGAGAUCACCAACUCUACCAUCAUCAAGCUGACUGCACAGCCCACCUGCUUGGGCUUUAAUGACUGCCAAUCGUGUCUGAAUCAUAACACGACAUUUGCGUGCCUCUGGUGCCCGGCGCUGAGUCGCUGCUCCACGGGCACGGAUCGCAAGAAGCAUGAGUGGAUGACAAAGGGAUGCGAAACUGCCGCCCUUCAUAACGCAACGACCUGCCCAGCGCUCGGUGAGAAGGGUAAUAAUGCUGCCCAGGAAAAGAACGGUGCAGCAGGUGGCAACACAAGUGGAGUCAGCAAUGCGACAAAUCCCUCCACGGCGGCUACUGGCAGUCCGGCGGCAACGGAGCCCACAGUGAUAAGCACUCGGGCGCCGCAGCCCUCCGCGGGCCAGUCAAAGCCCGAGGAUGCUGCUGCCGCCAGUGUUCACAAGGAUGGCAAGGUCGGCGGAAAUGCCGAGUUGUCGCAGGCGGGAGCGGAUAAUAAGAGCGUAGGCGUGGCCUUCGGCUUCAUGGUGCCCAUCUGUCUGGUGUUUGCCGUGACGCUGUGGCUCUUCUAUGCGUACCGAAACCCACACACGAAGAGCGGCCAGCUGCUCAUCCAGUUCCGUCCCAGCCAGUGGUCUUGGCGACGUGGCGAGGCACGCUAUACGGCGGCCACGAUACACAUGUAGGCGGAGAUGAUAGCCGGAGACGUCGAGGGGUAGAGAGAUCGCGGGAGAAUGUGGCAAGCAAGAAUUUUGCUGAAAUCAGCAAUACUAUCGACGGACAGCAACAACAACCUACCAACCAACCAACCAACCAACCAACCAACCAACCA